GACGAUAGUCAAAAGAGACUCUGCUGGUUUCCGCCGCAGUCCUUCGGUAUAUCAACGUUACCUGACACCUCGAAAUGUGCAACAAGACUAUAGCCUCCGUGCCCUGAUUAGCUCCCGGUAGCUUUAUAUCCUCACAGUCACUAUAUAUCGCAACCGUUAAAACGUCGACGAGGAGUUGCAAAAUAUCCCUACGACUGUGCUCUUCUUCAGCGUUGAAGAGCUGCUGCGCUUAGCACGUUCGGAAGUGUUUACCUAUCAUCUCUUCCGACUUGACGCCUCAGCGUAUUGCUCUUCUUCUUACAGUCUUUCGAUCGCAUCCUAGUGAUGAAUAGAGUGGCAGAUCCACCCGCGAGGAGUCCCUUCUCCGUCCCACGGGAUAUACCUGGCAAAACGCGCAAUCUUCCUGUCUUGACCACUUCAGUCACCUCGGAUCACUCACCAGGUGACCCAAUGGAUGUCACCACACCUACGUCGGGGGCUGGCCAGGCCCGUAGCAGCCCCGAAAACGGGGAACACGGAGGGAUGAACAAUACAAAUGGAUCUUCAGAGACGGGCAAUUCGAACAGCGCUGCUCCCAAUCAGACGAUUGGGGCUGCGGCCGCGGCCCAGCAACCCAAGGUUGUGCAGACAGCAUUUAUCCAUAAACUAUACAAUAUGCUCGAAGAUCAGAGCAUUCAACAUUUGAUCUCUUGGUCGAGUUCGAAUGAGAGUUUCGUGAUGUCUCCCACAUCUGAAUUUUCGAAAGUUCUUGCACAAUAUUUCAAACAUACCAACAUAUCAUCAUUCGUCCGCCAAUUGAACAUGUACGGUUUCCACAAAGUGAGCGAUGUCUUCCACACCGGUUCGCCUGACUCUGCUCUAUGGGAGUUCAAGCAUGGGAAUGGCAACUUCAAGAGAGGAGACCUGGUCGGACUACGUGAAAUCAAGCGACGCGCAUCCCGGCAUGCUCUUAUCCAUCGGGAUUCCUUUUCGAACCAUAAACCAGGUGUACCCCAACAAGGAGCUCCGGCUGAACCCAUCCAUGAUGCGACGGAGCAGAGAUUUUUGAACCUUGAACAUAGCCUAUAUGAUAUGCAUAGUCGUCUCACCCGCGCGGAGGAGAGUAAUGCUGCUCUGAGCACAAGGUGUCAGACAAUGACGGACAGUCUUGUCAAGUGCUGCCAGUGGACGCAUUCGAUGUCCCAUUUCCUGAUGGCAUUGGUUCCGGAUCGGAGCAGCCCGUUAUACCGCGAUGUCUCGAACAUGCAAAAAGAUGUGGAGCGACAAUUGGAUGCUGUUCGGGCUCUAGAGAACCCACAGGAGACUCUUCUCUCCGGUCGCCAGCCAUACUUUGCGAAUAUGUCCAUUGAUCCUGGCCCUCCGCUCUCCCCUCGCCAAGUGCCACAGGAUGAAAGCCGCCGACCUUCUAUGGUUGAUGCUAUGAGAGGAAGCAUUCGCCCCCCUGUCCCGCAACAUCUGGCCGUAUCACCGCGUCGAUACGGUUCAAUUGCUGCACCGAACGCGUCUUCGGGCUAUAAUCGACUUCAAGUCCCUGGUCAACAACCUCCGGUACCUCAUCCUCUUUCAUCUGUCUCGUCUCCCCCGGGGCCAAAUCUUGCUCGUCGGCACACCUCGGCUGACAUCCGUCAGCAUGGGUGGCUCCCAGGUACCUCUCCCUCUGCGCCAGGCGACACAGCUGCGAACCCGAACAGUCAGUGGCCCCCGUCACCCCAUCGAGCACCCGCCCCAGAUGAUCAGCAAGUUCGUGAAGUCCUGGCUCAGUACGAGAUGGGCGGGCCUAGGCGCCCUCAGGACAUGUCCCGCCAUGGUACUCCACCUCUCACGACCGGCCAUGGUCCUUCAUCAAUAAAUGUUGAUAACGGCUGGACAAUCGGUGGCCCUAAGUUCCUACGACAUGAGUCAUCAUUACCUGCGACGCGACGUUCGAGUAUGGCGAGCAACGUGCAUUCUUUGCUGAACCCUGCUGAAACGGCAGAGCGCCCCGACGAGGAUGAAGCAGCUUUUGCUGAAGACCGGAAGCGGAAGAGACUGCAGUAACUCUGAUAUAUGGCUGCAUCUACCCGGACGAUCGAAUCUUGGUAGCACA